CAGCAUAGGAGCAGAGAUCUGCAACAGAUAAACACACACACCUUUAAACGCACAUUUGGAGCAAGACAGAAAGAGGGAAUCCAAAUCAAAACAGCAUGGAAAUGGAGAUUACUUUACAUUUUGCCUAGACAUCUUAAACCAAGGAAAAGAGAGAAGGAGGAGGAGGAGGAGGAGUGGGCAUCACUGAAGGAAAGACCACUGAAGGCGAUUGAGGGAUUGCAAUGAGCUGGUCCCUCCAUCUUUUUUUUAGUGAAGUUUUCCAUACAGAAGCCACAGAGCUGUAAGCAGUAUACUCCGAUGCCUUUGGGGUGUUUCAUGUGAAAUGGAAGAGGACAGUGCAAACCUGUCAGAGUUUCAUCUCUAAAUGACUGAUCCAAUGGACAUCAAAGGCCAGUGUUGGACGGAUGAGGAAUCAGAUGGAGAGAAUGAGCCUGAACAAUUCCUCUAUGGAAUUCAGGGGAGCUGUGCGGCUGAUCUGUAUCGCCAUCCUCAACUGGACGCUGACAUCGAGGCUGUGAAAGACAUUUACACGGACAGUGCCAUAUCAGUCAGAGAAUAUGGCACGAUCGAUGAUGUGGAUAUUGACCUUCAUAUCAACAUCAGCUUCCUGGAUGAGGAAGUUGCAACAGCAUGGAAGGUUAUUCGAACAGAGCCCAUCAUCCUUCGCCUCCGCUUCUCCCUCUCGCAGUACUUGGAUGGACCCGAACCCUCAGUCGAUGUCUUUCAACCCUUGAAUAAAGAUGGAUUCAGCCUUGGACUUCAGCUGAAGAAGAUCCUCAGCACCUUUAUCUCUCAGCAAUGGAAACACCUAAGUAAUGAGUUCCUGAAAGUUCAGCAGGAGAAGAGGCACAGCUGGUUCAAGGCUGGAGGGACCAUAAAGAAGUUCCGCGCAGGCCUCAGCAUCUUCUCCCCCAUCCCAAAAUCUCCCAGUUUCCCGCUGAUCCAGGACUCGUCGCUGAAGGGUAAACUGAACGUGCCUGAGCUGAGAAUGACCCGUCUUAUGAACCGUUCGAUCUCCUGUACCAUGAAGAACCCGAAGGGGGAGCUGUUCAGUUAUCCUCCCAACAGUCAGACUGUGGCAGUCCCGGUGGGCAGGGCCCCGGCGCAGAUUACCACGCGGCAGCUGAUUGAAUUGUUUUUCUCAUCCCAGGCGGGCGGCCACUGCAAGAACAUCCCCACACUGGAGUACGGUUUCUUAGUGCAGAUUAUGAAGUAUUCUGAGCAGCGGAUCCCGACACUGAACGAGUACUGUGUUGUGUGUGAUGAGCAGCACGUCUUUCAAAACGGCUCCAUGCUCAAGCCUGCAGUCUGCACCAGAGAGCUUUGUGUGUUCUCUUUUUACACUUUGGGAGUGAUGUCAGGUGCAGCUGAAGAGGUGGCUACAGGAGCUGAGGUUGUGGAUCUUCUAGUUGCCAUGUGUAGAGCUGCUUUAGAGUCUCCUAGGAAGAGCAUCAUCUUUGAGCCAUAUCCCUCUGUAGUCGACCCCAAUGACCCUAAAACACUUGCCUUUAACCCCAAGAAGAAAAAUUAUGAAAGACUGCAGAAGGCACUAGACAGUGUUAUGUCCAUACGAGAAAUGACCCAGGGAUCCUAUCUUGAGAUAAAGAAACAAAUGGAUAAACUCGACCCGCUGGCUCAUCCUUUAUUACAGUGGAUAAUAUCCAGUAACAGAUCUCAUAUUGUCAAACUGCCUCUGAGUAGGCAGCUGAAAUUUAUGCACACGUCCCAUCAGUUCUUGCUCCUGAGCAGCCCGCCUGCCAAAGAAGCUCGAUUUCGGACAGCCAAGAAGCUCUACGGCAGCACUUUUGCAUUCCAUGGUUCUCAUAUUGAAAAUUGGCACUCUGUUCUGAGAAACGGACUAGUCAACGCCUCCUACACCAAAUUACAGCUGCAUGGGGCAGCCUAUGGAAAGGGCAUCUAUCUCAGCCCCAUCUCCAGUAUAUCUUUUGGAUAUUCAGGAAUGGGAAAAGGACAGCACCGGAUGCCAAGUAAAGAUGAACUGGUGCAGCGCUAUAACCGCAUGAAUACAAUCCCACAGACUCGCCCGAUUCAGUCACGGUUCCUCCAGAGUCGGAAUCUGAACUGCAUCGCACUUUGUGAAGUGAUCACAUCCAAGGACCUUCAGAAACACGGGAACAUCUGGGUGUGUCCUGUUUCAGACCACGUGUGCACACGCUUCUUCUUUGUAUAUGAAGAUGGCCAGGUAGGAGAUGCUAACAUCAACACCCAGGAGCCCAAGGUGCAGAAGGAGAUCAUGCGUGUGAUUGGCACUCAGAUCUACUCGGGCUGAGAGGGACCUCUGGGCUAUCUGCAGGGACUCGGCGCUGCCGAACCAGCUGUAGCACCUUAGCUUUUGCUCAGAGUGAAGAAGCAGGAGAGCCGAACAUUUCAAUCCCCCUCUGUCCUCCUCCCUGCUUCUUUUCUGCCUUUGUUCUUUCUUCUUCUUCUUCCUGGCUUUCAUGGGGAAGUUCGGAUGCGCGUCCACUUCCUUUUCCUUGUGUGGUUUGUCUUGUUUGGGGCAGCUGAGACUGAUGGACCAUCUUCUUCCUCCUCGAGUAGCAAGAAGUGAUAUGAAAGUAUAAUGGCAGAGCAAACUUCAUGUGGAAGUAUUUUCUCUGGCACACUAUUAACUAUUAACUUUGGGCACACUGUACCCAUAGGCAGUUUCACAGCUGGCGACUGCUAACGAGGGAACAGAAUAUCGCACGACUCGUGGCUCAGACUCUCGUCUAAAUGUCACCUCGAUCCACGGCGAUGGACGAGAUGGCUGAUUGGAUCCCUAAAUCUGUCAAUCAAAACUGAUGUGAACUCACCCAAGCAUGGGUUGCUAGGUAACUUCCUAUCCUUCGGACACUCGUUUUCAUUUCCUUUCAGUCCUGAGCUUAAUAACCGUAUCGUUCCGUCUGUGCUCUUCGACUCUUUAUAGCUCUCUCGUACACCCAACAUUUAUCAUACGGAAUAUCUAUAAAUACAAAGCAAUUUAAACAAACCUUAUUAUAUUUCUGGUCUCUGGAUCCAUAAGCGACGAAUCUUCUUGCACCCUUAUUGCGUUAAAAAAAAAAUCCUUGUCUUGAUCUGUUUACUUUCAUAUUCUUUGAGUAAUGGUGUAUUAAUAUCCAAGAUGCGGUUAUCUCCGGGACUGCUCUUGUUCAGCAACUCCUUCUGGUGAAAUCAAUUUCCUUUCCUUUUGUCUCCGGUGCACAGCAUGGCAGGAACACGAACGCGAACAUGCACACACACACACACACAUACGCGCACACACUCUGGAAAGAUGUUUACUGCAAUUUAUCAGUGGGAGCAAGGGUGCUUCUGUUUUGACAAAUUAAAUAACCAGAUUUUAUUAUUGCUCAUAUUCACAGCUAUUCCUCCUAAUCACUGGUUGCUCUAAUUUCAUUAUGUCCUGGGUGGAGAAAGCUGGCUGACAAGGUCAUUUAACAUAAAUCGAAGAACCACAUUUAACGUUCCUUAACAGCUCUGGUUACGGACACAGCCUUGUUCUCUGUAGUAUAGGACUAUCUGGCUUCUUAUCCUCCAGCUGCACUUCUUUUUUUUUUUUUUUCUUUAAAUAUAUUCCUUCAGCUUGGUGUGAACUGUAAAACAUUCUGUGCAGCCUAACUGUGUAUAUCUCUUCAUACAUCUACAGGUUGUAUAUUUAACCAGUGGACCCUGUUAUUACUGUACUAAAAAAAAAACCCGUCUCAUACAAACGAAAUAAGGAAGGGAACCAACACUAUGGACUUUAUGAGAGUUUGAGGCUGUAUGAGGAUGUUUUAUUAAAUACAAGCAGGUUGUAAAUAAAAUCUGUGCGUUAAAAGGGGACGACAGAACAGCCAUCGUUGGUCUCCUUUACAGGCUCCUGGUUGCUUUUAUGUUGGUCCGGUUCAGUUUGAUUGCUUUUAUCAUGUGCCGAAGCUAGGUGUAUAAACUGAGCCGACGAAAGCAAGAACCUAAUGAAAGAAAAUAAAGAGACACUGUUGACAGUUUGUAGAUAAGACUGUGUAUUUGUAUCGAAUUUUUAAAUCACCCAGAAUUUUAAUAACCAUAUCGUUUGUUGGAUUCUUUAAUAUUCCUCAUACUGUAUACUCCAUUUCCUGUAAUAGGCUCCAGAUCCACCUUGACUAGGAAUUCGGUGCAUACACACAUAUCCUGAUUCUUCCUUAAUAAUUCCAAAGGACAAUAUGUAAUUUAUCCACCAACCUGACACAUGUCCCGCCUUAACCCUUCUGCAAAACCUGCGUUUGUAUAAAAUUUUAUUUUCAUUCUCACGUUUUUUUUUAUUUUUAUAAUUUUGUCCACGGAAAGGAAAUAAAAACAUAUUCGACACAAUUUUGGGGGACUUUUGGGUGAUGCGGUCUUCUUAAGGGGGACCGACAAUAAGUCCCAGAUCGCCCCAGGAUGUAAACGCCAAACCUUUAAAGUCUAACAGGUUGGUUAUUACCUCAGUUCUCCUGUAGAGGGCUCUCUUCCACAACAAUAUCACAUACACACUCCCAAACCCCCGUGUGUGUAACGAGGCCUGU